GUACCUCCGGCGCGCAGAAAGAACAGCGAAUUACAGAGGACCAGGCAGGAAGACCACUCAGCAGAGAGUAUACGCAUCAUGGCCUCUUCCACGGCCCAUCUGCGAGUGAGCGUUCCUUGUCAAGUUCCUUCCGUCGAGGAAGUGAACAAGGUGGCUUCUCGUGGCAGAGACCAAAGCAAUGCGGGCUCGUUCGAAGUCGCGUCAGCCGUCGACGGAAGAGCCGCGUGGUACCGGUACGGCAUCUUCGUGUCCUCGCUGACGCUGGUCACGCUCGCAAUGGGCUACGGACUGUCUCACGUGCUGCGGCGCCAGCUCUUCGGCUGCAUGGAUCCCGGCUGUUUCGAGGCGGCCACCACGCUGGGCAGCUCGCUGCAGGACGCGCGUGGUGAUCCCUGCGAAGACUUCUACGGCUUCGUGUGCGGCGGCUGGCAGCGCUCCAAUCCAGUGUCCGCCAAUCACUUCCAGGCCCUUCAGCAGCGCGUGGCGCUGGCAGCCAUCGUCAGUCUCAUACUGGAGGACGGUGACGGGCCCAAGCUGACGCACCGGGUGGCACGCCUCUUCCAACGCUGCGCACAGCUGGCGUUCAACGAGCAGCACCGACUGGACGAGCUGCGAGCGUUUUUGGCGCGCUUCAACCUCAGCUGGCCCAACUCUCAACCUAGGUCCAAGUUGGAUAUCCUGGACACACUCGUAGCCCUCUCCCUGGACUGGGGCGUGCCCGUGUUCUUCCACCUGAGCGUGGACGCGUACUUCAAGCGCCGAGGCCUGCGCAUCCUGCACUUCAGCAGCAACCCGUACCUGCUCGAGUGGUUCGUGGCGCGCAAUUCCCUGCAGGAGAAGGGCACGCUGCUCGGCUACUUCAACCGAGCCUCGGUCAUACUGAACGGCUCGACCGCAUGUCCGGAAACCGUGGAAAAGGUUUUAGCGUACUAUGAUCAUUCGACAGAUUUGAGCAGCAAGUGCCCCAAAAUAUAA